GCAUGGAAUCGUACUCACUUCGCAACAUGUAUCUAAGUGUCUUUGUUGUAAAGACAGCGUACAUUUACAUAGCAAUGAAUUUGGCCUGGAGCUCCUUGAUGAUUCCAUACCUAGAGACGACUCUGACUAUGUUGACCAUAGACAAAGUAGCCAUCUUGGGAAGUCUGCCCUUAGGGAUGAUGCUGGGACCAACCGUAGGAUACUUCUUAGCUCCAAGAUAUGGAUACAAAUCAAUUUUUCUCCUCUUCGGUAUCCUCAGCCUGUUAUCAGUUCUGCUUCUCUCGUUCGUCCAAGUCUGGAUCAUCUGCUUGGCAAGGAUUUUAGCAGGAGUUGCAACAGGUGCAGUUCUAUGCUACGCGGGAUCUUACAUUAAGGAUAUCGCAGAGCAAGAAGUGAGAGUAGUUCUGAGGCCUUUGUACUACGGAUUCACGUCGCUCGGCUUCCUUUUGGUUUAUGCAAACGGCUCGACUUUCUCAUACUUUGAGAUGCUACUGAUGCUUGCGGUCGUACCAGUUUUAUUCUUGAUUUGUUUGACCUGGCUGCCUGAAUCCCCGUAUAUCCACGUGGCUAAUGGCAACAUGGCGACAGCCGAGAAGUCGAUUGACUUUUUACACAGAGGGAUAUCCACUCGGGGACUCGAUCAGCUGAUGCUUCUUAUUCAGGAAGGUACAAGGAAGAGAGGGCCAGAGUUGUUUCUUCCUCCAUUCCACAAAGACCCGAAAAUUGCCAAGGCGAACCUUACUCUCUUCGUUCUUCUUUCUCUCACUGGCUUCCCCGUGGUGUUCAUGUUCAUGGAGCCGCUGAUAAGAGAGGUCCAGAAGAAGUUAAUCUGGAACUCUCUCUUCAUGAUUGCUACGGUCAGCCUCCCUCUCAUGCCAGUGGUUUGGAUGUUCCACGCUUGCUGCAGUUCUAGGACAAAGAUGGCGACUUCAUCGACACUCAUGUCUCUGUUUAUGGCCAUUCUUGGAGUUUUCUUUUUUUAUUUUGAAAGCGGCCAAGAUGUAUCACAUAUUUUUUUUAUACCUACGAUUUGUCUUACAUUCUACACUGCAGCAUUCCUAGUCGGAUUUGUUGAUAAGCAAGAGGAAGAGGGAACUGACAGAUGUCGAGAUUGUGGGCGAGUAGUAACUUUGAGUGCUGGCUUCUUCAGACAGGAGAACAAGAAUUUUGAUAAAGAGUAA